AUGGCUGCUGGGAUAAGGGACAUUGGGCAACAAAAUUCAGCAUCCAUAGCAACAGAAGCUUUACAACAGGAUAAUGUUCCACCUUCUGCUCCUGAAGAACAAGAAAGUGACCCAGGAACUAGUGUGGGAGGAAGAACAGAUCCUACAAUCACUGUAGUUGUCAGUAAUCCCAAACAUCCAGACUAUGUCAGCAUAGAUUCUAGAGUUAGUUCGUACCAAGGAUGGCCAGAUUACCUGGAUCAAACCCCCAGACAGAUGUCAGAAGCAGGUUUCUUCUUUGUUGGUGUAGCAGACUUUACUCGCUGCUUUUGUUGUGGUGGAGGUCUGCGAAACUGGGAACCAGGUGAUGAUCCGAUGUUGGAACAUACAAGAUGGUUCCCGCAUUGUGAAUAUGUCAGCAAACUGAAAGGAGAGAGAUAUGUGGCUGCAGUACAGAGACGGCAUCAAGAACAUAUGCUUGAACAACAAAGACAACAGACAGAGAUUGCUCAGAGACGAGAUGAACUAGGAAUAAGACCUCCACCUACUUCAGCUUCUAUAGCAACUUCUGUAUUGAGCACCUGCACUCCUUCCUCAAUUGUGUACACCGGUACCAAUGUUCCAUCUUCUGUUGUAUACACAGGAACCAGUAUAGGAGCUUCUGUUGUGAACACAACUUCAAGCACAUCUACUGCAACCUCCAUAGUCAAUGCUGGUACCACUACAUCUACUGUGAGUUCAGCAUCAACCUCUGCUACAGCCAGGGUCCAGAAGUCUGGUACUUCAGCUUCUGCAACAGCAGAAGGAAGCUCAUCUGAAACUGAGAACCAGCAGACUGUUCCAGGGAAUAGUUCCAGCUUUAAUGCAGCCAGUGGAGCCUAUGUAGAGAGGCAGUCAGGAGCAUCAGGUGGUGAUGGUAACGAGUCCAGAUCAGCAGCUGCCCAGUGUACAUAUCUUAUAGAAAAGGAAAAUGAGGAAUUAAAGGAAAGGUUGACUUGCAAAAUUUGUUUAGAAAGACCAAUAAACAGAACAUUUUUGCCAUGCGGCCACUUAGUGAGUUGCGAAACUUGCGCACCCAGAUUAAAGCGCUGUCCUAUAUGCAGGAAAAGGAUAACAGGCAAAGUGAAAACAUUCAUGUACUAGGAAUCAGAGGUGACUUGAACUAUAGUUAGUCAAAUGCAUUUUAACUAUGCAACUAUAUUGCUUUAAGGACUGUAGUAAUGCAUACAUAUUAUACCCCUGAAAACAAAGUUUAGUGGGGUAUGUCAGCAUCAAGUAGGUUGGGUAGUCAGUCUGUUGCAAAGUAGGUU